AGCUGGGGAGCUGGCCGCGCUGCGCUAGAUUUGCGCUGCCCCAGAGAGUUCUCUGCUGCCCGGGAGCGCAAACCCCCCUCGCCUGCCCGGAGCCCAGCGCUCCCGCAGCGCGCUAUGGCCGGGGCCGUGGGGGAAGCUGCGCUGCCGCCCAUCGCCUCCUUCGCCAGCCUGCUGCCCGUGGAGGACAAGCGGGGGCCGCUGCUCCACCCCCGCUUCGCCGCCAUGGAGGGCGGCCCCGCCGGGAUCAAGAGGGAGGAGGACGACUUGGGCAAGUUCGUGGACUUGGAUUUCAUCCUGGCCCACACCAGCAGCGCGCAGCAGCCGGGCCCCGCCUACCCCCUGCCCGACACCCCGGAGAGCUGCGGCACGGACGGCGACGGCUCCUACCCGCCCGCCAGCAAGUUCGGGGCCCCGUACCCCGACAGCCACAGCUACAUGGCCGAGCUGCUCACCGCCGACCUGCCGGGCCCCUGCGAGCUGCAGCGGAGGGAAUACACGGAGCUGCGAGUCCCCGGCGGGCUGGGCCACCCGGCCCUGGCCCGGCCGCUGCCCGCGGAGCACAGGGCGCCGCAGCUGGGGGCCCGCAUCAAGAAGGAGCAGCCGGAGGAGCAGGCCUGCCUGCUGGGCAUGGCGGGCGAGUGCCUGGGGCCAGGCGCCAUGGACCACAAGCCCCUCAUGAUGCCCCCCCAGCAGCAGCUCUAUCCCCCCCACCCCGGCUUCCCCCACCCCAGGAUGGGGCCCCCCGAGGAGAUGGGGCCGGCGGGGGAGUGCCACCUGCUGGGCGACCUGCACCCGCCCCUGGGCCCCCAGCACUACCCGCUGCCCCCGCAGCACUACCCGGGCCACUUCGCCCACGGGCCGGCGCACUUCCAUGGACACUUCAGCGUGUUCCGGGAGCCGCUGAAGGCGCCGCCGGGGCUGCACGGGAUGCUGGUGACGCCCCCCAACUCGCCCGUGCUGGAUUACUUCCCCGUCGGGGGGCCGCCGGAGCACGCCAAGCCCAAGCGGGGCCGGCGCUCCUGGGCCAGGAAGCGCACGGCCACCCACAACUGUGAAUACCCGGGCUGCGGCAAGACCUACACCAAGAGCUCGCACCUCAAGGCGCACAUGCGGACACACACCGGGGAGAAGCCUUACCACUGCAACUGGGACGGCUGCGGCUGGAAGUUCGCCCGCUCCGACGAGCUGACCCGUCACUACCGCAAACACACUGGCCACCGGCCCUUCCAGUGCCACCUGUGCGAGCGGGCCUUCUCCAGGUCGGACCACCUGGCGCUGCACAUGAAGAGACACAUGUAAUGGACAGAAACGCCUCUGGGGAUCUGGCCCCUGGCCAGGGGGGAGGGGAGACUCUGAGAACUCUAUUUAUGAAGCCACAAAAUAUUUUCUUAUUGAUGCAACUAAUUUAUGUCGCUAGCGAGGUCUGGAAAGAGCAAACACUCAGUAUUUAAAGGUAAAACCAACUGGAUCUUCCACAGCCAUGUCUCUCUGAAUAGCUACCCAGGAGUCUGGCUGCGGCAGUGCAGAGCCCAGGGUGUAUAAUACUGUACAGAAGGAGUUGAGUUUCUUGCAUUUUUAAAGGGAUUUUUAAGCUUA